CCUGUAAUAAUCAUUUACAUCUUCUGCAGAGAUGGAAGCACCCGUAGAGUCGGACAAUGACGAGGGAAGUGACGAAUCCAUUGCCCUUCCUGACGACUAUGAUGAUGAGGUGGACAUUAACAUACAUUUCCACUGUGAACACUGCAUCAAGAUGAUGAGGUGUACAGAGCGUCCCAAACCUGGCUGGUGCUGCGAGUUUGAUGUGUGUUCCAACGGGUGUGGCCACAGAUGCCACGUGUGCAAAAUGGAAGAACAUCGUCUUAUAUGUAGCCACGAGAGAGUGCCCUGCAUCAACGCUGGUUAUGGCUGCCCGCACUGGAUGCAGCGCCGAUUUGUAGCUGAACAUUUGCCGUUUUGCCCUGCCUCAGUCAUUAUAUGUAACGCUGAGUGGAAUCGCUGGGCCUUAGGGGCCAAGGAGAGGGAGAAAGUGUCCAUGGCUAAAGGUUUAACUGCACUCUAUGAUCCUACUGAUCUAGACAUGGCUUUGGCCCUACACGACCAAGAACUUGUAAAUGAGAUGCAGAAGAUGCCAAAGAAAGUUCGAGCGGCUCUCUGUAAUGGCAUCACUCGCCGCUUUCCCUACCUGCCGCUCACACUGCGGGGGUCCAGACACGAGACACCAAACGAGCACUUUAAGUUGCACAAAAUGAGUCGUUCAGCCACAGACGAGGAAGAAGACGACCUCACGCCAGGUCUUUCUGUGUCUGUUUGCACUGAGCUUUUACGUGGCAAGAAGUUGAAUGUGUGUUCCACCGGUGAGGCUCCGGCCUCCUCCAUUCCUCCUCCACCUUCCGGCACCCUUCACUCCGUCAACGAUCUCAUCAACUCUACAGAAGAUCAUG